AUGGCUGCGUGGGCGGCCCUGCUGCUGGGGGUGCUGCUGGCGACCCACCGCCCCGGGGACGCAGCUCUCCUGGAAGCCAAUGGCAACCUGAGUUGCCGCUGCCGCAAAACCACCAGAGCCUUCAUCCCUCCGGCGAAAUACGACAGCAUCGAGGUCCGGCCCGUGGGGAGCAGCUGCCGGCGCCUCGAGGUGGUGAUUAAGCUAAAAUCCCUGGAGAAGGUCUGCGUGGAUCCCGAUACCCCUUGGGUGAAGAAACUCUUGCAGGACCUCCCUCACCUGAGGAAGAAAGAGCGUCCCCGCUGAGGAAGCUGCCACCGGAGGGACGGCCAGAUGUGCUGGGCCCAGAACUGCCUCCCCUCCCCAUCCUGCUGCCACUUUACCCCAGUCCUGGGGGGAGCGUCCUCCCGCCUGAUCCCCUGAGACCCUUUUCACUUGGCAUUUUAUGCCUUUAAACCCUUGACCAUGCCAGUCCCUACCUCCCUCCCCUCCCACCCCACAGCCAUGCGCUGGGUGUCCUUUUUGAGCACAAGCCAACAGGUCCAAUAAAGGUGGCAGCCUGAGGUUACUGUCCCUUGCAUCCCUUCCUGUGGCAUUCUGGGGGCUCGGGGUGC